AUGGCUAGCACAUCUAGUCAGGUCCAGCAGUCUCCGGCUACCCCAAUUUACAUUUUACGGGGACAUGCUGCCCCAAUCCAUGCAUUACACGUCUUCGAGGCGAACCUGCGACUGGUGUCUGGAGAUGCUGAUGGCUGGGUGGUCAUCUGGGAUCUGGUUACCAAACGACCUGUGACCGUCUGGAAAGCGCACGCGGGGGCUGUACUGGAAGUGAAAGGCUUCAGUCUUAGCACUGGUGUGACAGAGAUUUAUACGCAUGGUCGGGACCACAAACUCUGUGUCUGGAAGAUUCGAACAGAAGACGAGGCCUUUCUUGAUAAGACUCUCCCAGUUGACCUUGCGCAGUCGACUGCCUCCGAGAAAGGGACGCAGCCAUGGCUGCUCCAUUCUCUGUCUGUGAAUGCGCUCAACUUUUGCGCUUUCUCAAUGACAUUCAUCGAGACGCCUGAGAUCAAGCCCUCAGAAAGCGCUCAAGAAUCAAUAAGUGCUACUCGACAGAAUGUUCUUUUUGCCGUGCCCAAUGCGCUCGACUCUGGAGGAAUCGAUAUUUUCCACCUCCCGUCCGAGCGUCGCUUGACUACGAUCAAAUCAGAUCCCUCGGUCAAAACUGGAAUGCUGAUGGCAGUCAGUAUCUUUAUUUCCCCGUCUGGGGAUAUCUUCGUUGCAUCCGCGUUUGAAGACGGGCAAGUCAUGGUAUUCAUGCACAAAGGCCCUCUCAACGCAGCCAGCUCCGAGCUCGGCAAUAUCAACUCCAACCCAUGGAAGUGGAAUAAACUCUACGCCAGUCGCCCUCAUAGCCAACCGGUUCUAUCACUUGACGUGUCUCCGUUGCAUGACUAUUUUAUCUCCUCGUCUGCCGAUGCCCUGCUCAUCAAACACCCAAUUCCUAGCACCGGCUCCGCGGGUUUUAUCCCCGCUGGAAAUUAUACAGAAGAAAAAGCUUUAAAAACAGUGAAUACAAAACAUUCGGGUCAGCAGGGACUUCGGAUUCGGAGUGAUGGGAAGGUCUUUGCGACUGCUGGCUGGGACAGCAGGGUGAGAGUUUACUCUGGCAAGACGAUGAAGGAGCUGGCCGUGCUUAAAUGGCAUAAGGAAGGAUGCUACGCUGUUGCUUUCGGGGAGGUAGACCCUCCAAUCUCUGACUCCGCAUCUCAGACCGUCAAGGAACGCUCGAGUGGUCAAGAAGAAGUACCGAAAAGAUCAAUCGCGGCUGUGCACCAGCAGCGAUUCCAAAAGAUACAACAAACUCAUUGGCUCGUGGCAGGUUCCAAGGAUGGCAAGAUUUCAUUAUGGGAUAUCUACUGA